CCCCAGCCCACCUCCGUUAUUCACUUCAACCUCUCCUUUCCACACCUUUUUUCGAGUGUGUCCCGUUUCCACGUUUCCAGGCCUGUUACCAUACAACAACCCAGGUCCCUGCGCGCCUCUCGUUGCAUUUGCCGUCUCACAAAGUCACAGACCACACACAGUCUUAUCCAUCGUCCACAUUCGCAACCACAACUCGCCCUUUUCAGUCCAUACCUGCGCAGUAUACACAGUACUUGUCGACUCUACAAUCUAGCUGUACCAACGUAUUCUUCGGCUGAAGCACGCCUCUGGCCUCAGAUCCUCCUGGGACCAUCAUCAUCCCUGUCUGGCCACCACCCCUCCCGAUCCUCGUCUCCGUCUUUUCCUCGAUACGCCAGAGCACACCUAGACACUCGCACCCGACAACCACAUUCACAUUGUGGCUCCUGACUGCCUCCCACCAACACCACCAAACUCGCCGUUUCCACAUCCCAGAAUCAGUGAGCCAACCCUCGUCUGCGCGCCCGCCAGACCAUCAAUCCCAUCUCCAUCCUACCUUACCAUACACCACUCCGUACGGACCGCACCCAAGAAAGGCUCAAACCACCCCUCAGCCCUGCUGUGGAUCGCAACGUGUCAGGCCAUUGCUCGUCUUGCCAGGCACCACGAUGGUCGCUGCAUGACACAAUUCCUCCCACACGUCUCCUGUUGUCAAAGGCCCAGCCCUGCUGUGCCCUGCCCGUUUGUCGACGUUUAAUCUCCGUCCUUAUUGAAUCCUCGCCACCCCAUCCAACUCUCGCACUCUCCCUUCCUGGUCUUCUCUCGUUCGUUCUGCGCCAUUCCGAGUCGAGUCGACAAGACAUCUCGCGACCAACCCGACCCGAGUACAGCCAAGCCAGCACUAACCAAUAUCCUUCCCUCUGACGGGCAGGUCCCUUUUUUACCUCAUCCUUUCUCUCUUCACUUCACGUCGACCCUACUCUCUUUCUCCGCCUCUGAAUACGAUUCGAAUCGAUUCAUCUCGCUUCGAUCCCGUCGUUAACGAAUCUUCGACGACACAUCAGUCAAACAAAUCAACCAAGCAGCCAUUCCGGGCACUCGACGAGGUGGACACGAUUAACGCUCUUUCUUUGGCUUCGUCUUAUUUCAAUUCGCUUCGCUUCGCCGCCGGCCGGGACCCGACUUUUGUAAUUAGACCUUGGCGACGCCAAACCAUCAUCAGCAAUUCGCUCCACCUUUUCUCUCGGCCCCGAGCCCAUUAAUACGAUAGCCGCCCGAUCUCCCCGGCUACAACGCUACUCUCCGCUUUCUCUCAACUUUAUCGACGACAAUGUAUUGGAAGGUGGUUGUCACCACGGCGGCGCUGGCCUCGCGCGCUUGCGCCGAGAUUCGCCCGCUAUCGAUGGAUUCCGCAAUCGAGGUUCGCGCGGUCGAUGUGUUGGAACGAAGCUACGAGGAUGUCGCAAACCGAUACAUCGAGAAGCGACAAAGCUCCAUGGUGGACGCAGAGUGGGUUUCGAGGGCGACUGAAGUUACGCUGAACAACGACGGCACCAUCAACAUGACAGCUUGGGAGCAAGAGACGUCGGCAAAGUGCACCGACGCCCUUUCACACCUCGACCAGGCCUCGAACCCGUCCGGAACCUGCAUCUGCUACAACUUGCCGAGUCUGAACGCUCAAACGGGUGUCUUUGAAGCCGACCUGCGGUUGUUCAAGGUCUCUGAGCCAAACAAUGCCUUUGCUGGUAUCCCGCCACAGAACAUCCAGGUCGGACUUUCAUUCAACGGAGCUUCCGUCUCGCCAGUCAGCGCCAGCAAAAUCGGCAGCUCCACUGCGAAACGGGAUCUCAGCUUUGAGGUUCCGUGGACCGGCCUGCAGAAACGAGUCGUCACGCCACAGGCCCUGCAAACAUACCUGUUCGUAGGACAGAUUGACCAGAGCAGAAUGGUGGCACCAAUGUCCAUGUCACAAUUUGAAGCACUCGUCAUGCCGACCCUCACGCUUACCGGCGUCAACGCCGCCGGCCAGACCGUCAGCACGAACGUCUCCUCGAACGAGGCCGCUUUCCUCACUGGUGUCUUCUCCAAAGAAAUCAUCAAAUCCGACCUCGCCGUUGCCCAAGCUGCCGUCGACGAAGUUGUGGCUCAACUGAAGAACGGCACUGUCGCUUUCGUUCUCCCCGGUGUUCAGCUGAUGAUCUUCCCCGUCGGUCUGGUUGUCACCAGCACUUGGCUUCUCAUCGGACUGGCUUUCUACGGAUUCGGCACCUAUGAGCGCAUCGGCUACGCGGAGAGCUACAGGAGAAGACGGGCUAUCGCAGGCGACACAGCCAAGCGUAUAUAAAUCAACGACAUCACGCGACCGGAUACGAGACAAUUUGUUCGGGGGCAAUCUUUUUUUGAAGAACGAGGGGCUCCCUCACGAGCCGAGAAGGUUCUAGGAGUGGACUACUUAUUCUGCCCGUGGUGGCGGAAUCAUCAGCAUCAAGCAGCAGCGUGACAUCUAUAUCUUUUUUUUAUUUUGGCCCACUUCUCUUCAUCCUCCACGUCUCUGAGGAGUCCUCUAUCUGUCGUAAAUAGUUGGAUGUCAGUUUUGCUCUCUCUUCCAUAGAAAAGAAUAUCCACAACACAAUAGUGAAGGCUGAUUUCGCCUGUUCCCCAACCAGUCCCUUCUCCUGCCGUCAAUUUCGCGAUAACUCGGUGCUGGACCGCUGUUGGUUCGGGAACGGUACACUGAUACUUUUUUUCGCUGGAAGGGGUGUUGUUCGAACCUGCGGCUGUUGUGCGACAUGUCACAGUUUGGGGUCCGUUUCAGCUUGGAUGUGUCGAGGAAAUGCGACGUCACGGCGAUCCGACGGUGUGGGUGGAUGCGAGGGGGUUUUCUUGGGAUGAUUUCAGCCACACGUGGCUGACAAGGGGCACUUGGUGAUCUGCCUGUUAUGCUUGGUAUGAUGAUGCAGCAGCUUGCAUGCCGUUAGAGACAGUAGAUCGGAGAUCAAGGAUGGUAAUGUGUCAUUGGGAGCCAUUGUGCUAGAUGUAAUUCACUCCUCAAGUCGCAUGGGAUGAGGUACCUGACGGCGCAGAUGAUAAACGUAGACGGGCGAUAGCCUCGAUGCAGCAGGCCGCCAAGGCCGGCGGGAGAUACGGGAG